AUGGCGUAUGGCCUACUCUAUGGAAUGGCAUCGCGGGACAUUGUUCUGUGCUUCUUCCUCACCGUCUUUCUCUACUCCAGUUUCGGUCAAGCGAUGCCGAAGUCCGAGUUCCAGCCGGAAUUUCUAGCACUCCUGGAGAACCAUACGGUCACUCAAGGUCGUGACGUCUACUUCACCUGCGUCGUUAAUCAUCUUCACUCUUACAAGGUCGCCUGGAUGAAGUCCGACUCCAAAGCUAUCCUGGCUAUUCAUACGCACAUGGUUGCUCAAAAUCCACGGUUGUCUGUCACACACAACGGACACGACACGUGGAGACUGCACGUGACCAACGUCCAGCCGAACGACUCUGGCGCGUACAUGUGUCUCUACUAGCUCUAUCCACCUGACACAUCUCCGCUAUUUUCGCAGACGGGUCACAUGAAGGUAGUGAUACCGCCCGAUAUCAUGAAUUCGAACGACUCAGCCGACCUCCUAGCAGUUAAAGAGAACAGUAAUCUGCGAUUACGGUGUGUCGCCACGGGGACGCCGAAGCCAGUGGUCACCUGGCGGCGAGAGGACCGAAAAAAUAUUACACUCUGGACGGAGAACGGUGUGCAACGAGUAGAGUCGUACGAAGGGGAACAGCUACAUUUGAAGUCGAUUAAACGUCAAGAGAUGGGCUCUUACCUUUGCAUCGCUUCGAACGGUGUGCCGCCCACGGUCAGCAAAAGAUAUUACGUGAACGUUCAAUGUAAUUUUCUCUCUGGUGCAGUUAAACCGCUGAUUACAGUCUCGGACCAAUUAGUAGCGGCACCUGCUAACAGCGACGUCGUUCUUCGUUGCUACGUCGAGUCCUGGCCAAAAGCACUGAAUACGUGGUACAGGCACGGUGGUAUAAAAUUAUUAUCGGACCAGAAAUACGUUCUAACGGAGCUGCCAGUGAACGAUUACGCGUAUCAUUUGAACCUGACCAUCAGGCGAUUGAACAGGAACGACUUCGGCAAUUACACCUGCUCCGUGGAAAAUCUACUUGGCAAAGCGGAGGGAACGAUAAGACUCCAAGAGUUGCAUUUAACGAGGACAACCUCGACGCCUAGCCGGCACAACACGGAAUUCAUCGACAAACACGGGACGAAGAAGCAAAUGGACAGAAAAGGGAAGCAUCACGUGUUCGAAUGGGACGGUGGUUCAUCGGUGAAGAAUGGCGGAAAUACAGGGCAUGCGACGUCUGUUCUCAGGAGGAACAGUUCGAACGCUUUGACGGACGUCAGCGUGAAAAAAUCGAAAGUUUCAUCAUAUCCGGCGCCGGCACCUGCGCCAGCGCAUUUUGCACCGACUCAACUGAACGUACAGAAUAGCGUCACAUCGUUGCGACAACAUUCCCGAUUAAACUGCGUAGAAUUAAUGUUCGCUUUCGUAGCGAUAGUGAUGACGAUCGGUAGCGUCUAA